AUGCAACCCAAGCAGAAGAAACUUGGUACUGAGUGGCCACUCCCUGAGGAACUCAUGACGGAGAUCUUGUUACGUCUCCCAGUGAAAUCCCUGUUGCGGUUUAAGUUGGUGUGUAAACCAUUGAACUCUCUCAUCUCUGACACCCACUUCGUGAAACUGCACCUUCGUCGAUGCUCCGCUUCAAACGCCAACCCGCUUGUAAUAUUCUUCCCUCCAUGUGACUUUGAUGACGACAUCUCAUCGUUGCGUAUCAAAUCGUUUCUCAAACCCCCUCCUUCAACCAUCACCAACGAAUUGCACCGCUUACGCUCCAGUUGGAAUGAUCCGUACUUGCCAAUAGGUUCCUGUAAUGGGUUGGUUUGUUUGAUUGGAACUCAUUAUUCCAAUCAUGAUCAACACUUUUUUUGGGUUUGUUUCUGGAAUCCCACCACGAGAUCAACAUCUCAAAAGUCGUUCACAUUACCAAUCAUGUCGGAACAUGUUAACAUGUCUGGACAAGUUCACUCCUAUCUCUAUGUCAAUUGUGGGUUUGGCUAUGAUUAUAUGAGCAACGCUUACAAGGUGUUAUUCAUAGAGAAAAACCAGGAUGUGCUUGUUUUUAACAUGGGUGACAAUAAUUGGAGACACGUUGGAUGUUUCCCAUCCGAUCUUACCACUCUAGUGGGCAGGGACAGAAUUGGGGUUCACUUCAACGGGACUCUUAACUGGUUAGUCAUUCGCAAAAUUUAUGAGAAUGAUUUUCAUUGUGAAAUUAAUAAGUACAAUAUUAAGUGGGACAAUGGUUCAUGCAUGAUUCUUUCGUUCGAUUUUGAUAAGGAGGAGUUUGUGAGGUUGAUGCUGCCUGCUAUGCCCCAUAAGUUUAGUGAUCCACAUCUUGGGGUUUUGUGUGAACACCUUUGUGUUUCUCAUAAGGACGAGCGAAACAAUUUUGUGAUCUGGCAGAUGAAGGAGUUUGGAGUUGAUGUGUCUUGGACUAAAUUGCUCAGCAUUAAUCAUGAUAAAGAUCUUCUACCUCAUAACUUGCCGCUUCCCUUUGGCUUUCCUCUGUACAUGUUUGAUAAUGGUGAUGUCCUCAUGCUGCCAGAAAUGUUCCUCUAUAACCACAGAGAUAAUAGAGUGGAUCCUCUUGAAAUUCCUACCAACAUAUUUGCAUCAAGUGCCGUGAUUUGCAGUGAAAGCAUGAUUUCACCUCAUUGA